AUGGUUCCUCGAUCGAGCUCCCCGCUAACAGAAAGCACCCCGGCGUCUCUCCCCGCGCAGACCUUCUAUCUCACUCUAGACCUAGCGUCAAACCAGACUAUGGGCCGACCCUCAAAACGACGUCAAGAGUCGCAAUCGGCUACUACCGCCGGUGCCCUACCGACAGAUCCUUCGCACGGUGACAGCAACGAGCCUGCGCUGGCCAGCACGGAAAUCGACUCAAACCCCGAAGAGCGCGUGCAGAUCCUUGGCCUUCAUACCCCAAAUCCGAUCGUUUCCUACAGGAACCAGAUCUUUAAUUGUGCCUGGGCCGAUCAAAUUGGCACCGAGCUCCUCUUCGCACCUCCCGAAGUCGAUGCGGGCUUGGAGCCCGUGACGCCGACAAACCCGCUGAGGCGCGGGAAAGAUUUUGAUCUGAUCGCGGCGAAUAGCGUGAAGAUUCUCGGACGCAAGGCCAACCUCAUCUCCAGUACUGGGCCUCCACCACCAGUGGAGCCGUUGGAUACCGAGGCAGCACCGGACGCGGACCCCGCAACGGCCCGCAAAACAGGCGUUCUCUCGAAUCAGGCCCGCUUCCUAGAGCGGCUUCAAAGCAUCAAGCAAGCCAAGGGCGAGACCGAUACUAUACGCAGUUCCUUCAGUUUACGGCGGAAUCAGAACCUCGAGGAACGGUUACGCGGGUGGGCGCAGACGGACGAGCAGCUAGCAGAUAUCCAGCGCCUCAACGAGGAGGCUAUUCAGGGAAAUACCACUGCAAUGGCGGACCUAGAGAACUUGUGCAUUCAACUUGGGUCCCAAGAUCCCGGGUUGUCCGGAGAGCCUUCCCAGUCGCGAUGA